AUGGGCUGUACACCUUCCCACAGUGAGAUUGCUAACCAUGUUGCAAAAACCGGAACUAAUCCUUUGAAUAAACCCAAAGGUAUCCUGCCUGUUGAUCCUGGAGAUGAAGCAUUCUCAAUUCCAUUGCUGGUCAAAGGCUCCACUUGUUAUGAUAUUGACAAGUUCCCUCAGAGAGGGUCUCUGGGGAAAGAUCACCAGCUGGAAAAGGAGGAGAAAACAUCAGAGCUGAUCAAAAAUGUUAACUUCCAUUUGUCAUCUGAGGAUCUCUCUCUUUGCAAGAUUCAUGAGGAAGAGAAGAAAAUUGAGAGGACAGCCACAGAGGCUGAAAUAGCCAUGUCUGAACUGAUUGAGUCUCAAAAACAUAUAGCAGAAGACAUACAGAUCAAAAAGCAAAGUUCCUGCAAAUCAGAGGCAACAGCUUUCACUUGGGAUGACAAGAACGAAAGCAAUGCAAAGCAAACCCCAAAGAAAAGGAAGAAGCAAAAAAGCCAUAAAACAGUGAAACAGGGUCAUCUUUGCAAACUCAAAGAAAAAUCCACCCCACCUGUAUGCAAGGCUGAGAAAAAGGUGGAUUUCCCAGAUCAGCUUGUUAAGGCUCAUCAAAAUGCUUAUGCCUACCUAAAUCCCAACCUCUCCAAAUAUGAAGCUAUCCUAUGUAUGGCCAAUCAGGCUACCCAAACUCAGCUGCUUUUACAGCAGAUGGUGAGCUUUCUAGUGUUCCGCUUUGAUGAAAUCAACCAGCUCUUGGAAGAAAUUGCCAAUGAUGGGGAAGAGCUCCUCAAAGAGGUGGGAGGAAAUCUGGCUUGGCCAGCUGGAAAAGGGGAUCCAAAAGAGCAGCCAGACCUGUUGCAGCAGUUACUGCAGUAUACAGUCAACAAAAUGCAGCUGCUAAAUGGAACAGUGGCUUCCCUUACCUCCAGUGCCCUGCAGGAGACAUGGAGCUACUUACAGUCUGCGGCCAGCAACUUGGAAGAAAAACUGAAAGCAAAACAAGGCUUUGAUGAACGCCUGCUAAGGGCAAUAAAAUUGCUUGAAGCCUCUGCUGUGGUCUCCUCUCAGGCCCAGGCUGAUGAUAGGACUUUGUAUUCAGAAGACAGUGGCAUUGGUGCAGACAAUGAAUCUGUCAAAGAGUUCAAUUCCCUUGAUAAACUUGGAAGGCAAACAAGCUGCGAUUCUUGUGCACAUGAUCAUCCAUCUCAGAAACACACUAGAAUACCAGGAGAACAUCUAUGUAACGGCACAUUGUUGUCUGUUACAACUAGAUCCCAUGACUGUGCACUUGAAAGGCAUUUUAAGGAUAUAUUUUACCCAUCUGUACACAGCAAAGGAACAACUUCUUCCCUGGGAGCAACACCAGAAAGUGUUUCUACCAGGCUCCAAUGUUCAAAUGUGACCAAAAGUCCUUCUUUUAAUUCCCUCCAGUCUGAUGCCACCCAGGAAGGUGAAAAUUUCAAAGACUGUGAAUCAAUAGAUUCUCCUUCUGCAAAUGAAGAGGAAGAGAGUACACCAGAGGAGGAUGACAAUGAUAAUAUAAGUCUAUCAGAAAUGGGGAAGGAUACCCUGCCUAGAAGGCCAAUGUCUUCACCUGCAGUAACAGAUAAAACAAGGAGGCCAUCCGUCAAAACGAUAGAAAAUCCAGAGACUGAAGAGAUGAUACUGAAGAUGAAAGAUGCAAUCAGUGAAAAAAUCAGGUUUGUCCCAGCUAAAUGUGGACGAAAGGAGUGGACAGAAGAUGAAGGUGGAAAAGCAGCCCUAACAGCAAGACCCAGUACAGCAAGUGGUAGCCGGAAAACCUCAGUUAAACAAAGAAGGUCCAGGUCAGAGGAAUCUCUCAGGAGCCGUGCAGAAGACCCAACCCUUUUAGAACUUCAAAGGACUCAAAAGGAUCUCAACAAAAGAUUAGAAACAUUUUAUAAGCUUAAUGGGAACAAAGAAACAGAUGGCAAGCAGGAGAUCCUGAAGCCAAGAGCAGCAGCUUACUUGCAGGACACUGAACAUGUUACACCCAGAUCGUCUACCAACAAACUGAAGGCAUCCCUCUCUAAAAACUUCAGCAUAUUGCCUAAUCAGGAUAAGGUCCCUUUACAUAAGUCCGAGCAAAACGCUGUCAGUCAUCCAGAUGAGAGAAGGGGAAAGAAGCCUAUAAAAGCCACUGCAUCCACACAGGAUUUAUCGUACAGGAAAGAAAAUGAGCCACCUGGGAUAGAGAAAUUGAAUAGUGGUGGCUAUGCCCCUCGGAAAUCUGUCAAGAAACUUAUUGAAACUUUUAGUCCUUCCGAAGGCCUUGUGAAACCUACACAUUUAAGAACUUUAGGACCAAUAAAAUGCAUCAGAAAGUUUGGACUUCCAGUGAUUCCUCCCACCAUUCCCCUUCAGAGGGCACUGGCACCUUUAAUUCACAAGCCUCGUGUUUCACCAAUAGGAGACAUAACCCUUCCAAACACAAGUGCAUCCCACUGUAACUUUCCAACUGUCUUUCCACCUGUUGCAGAAUUAAGCAAAAGUGACACAAACGAAGAAACGGAUGAAGACUUGGAAAACCUGCCACCACCACCUCCUGAAAUGUUAAUGGACAGUUCUUUUGACUUAUCUGAGUCUGAAGAAAGUACAAUAAUGGAAGAGAACUCUUCAGACAUUGCCAGAAAGCCUGCCAAAACAGAGCUUCAUGCUACAAAGAGAAUGCACAUUUCUCCAAAGAUAAAAGCCUCUCUACAUUCCAUUGACUUAUUACCAAGUAAAAAUAUCAACAGCCCCAACGUGACUGCUGGUAAAGUACUCAGAAACACUGGGGUAGACUCCAAAUUUAGAAAAUAUUCAUUGGAGCUAAAUCCUACCAACAUGUUCAUCCACAGCCAAGAGGGUAAAUUAGCAUCCCAAAGGGACCAUGAAAUGAAAGAGGCUGCAGAUCUGUAUAAGCAAUCGCAUAAAAUAAUACCUCUUCAAAAUCCCAGUGGAGUUUCAACACAGAACAGAAACUGCUCAGAACGUAAAGAGCCUGGCACAAAUUUAGCAUCAGUGCAAAACCAAAAUCAAAUUUAUCCUGAUUCACUCGGGAGAAAUGAGAAAAGUCUAGCUUUUGUCAGAAGACUCUCCCCAACAAGAACACCCCCUUCUUCUCUACCCACCGAGAAACGACUCUCAAGUCCACCUGCAUAUCCCAGACACAACAUGCAGACUUUUAACCAUAUACAACCAAGCUUUCUUCCUUCUCACAGGCAACCUAGUCCCCCAGCUAACCCCAGAGUAUCAAGCCCUCCAAUGCAAAAGAAGCUGCCUUCUUCACCAAACCAACGAAAACUGCCUAGCCCUCCAGUGGGGCGCAAACAAAGCCCACCAGCUCUGAGAAAGUUGUCAAGCCCACCUGCUCAGCGCAGAGAGGCAAGUCCACCUCCAUUCUGCACCACCCCUUCUCCACCAGCCUCUCCAUUGCGGUCCCACAAAGUACGACAAAACAGUUUGGAUUCUGGUGAUGAGCAACAGCUUCCUCCACCAAAGAUUGCCAAUAAUGCACGUUCAAUAUUUUGCCCAGCAACUCCUUCUUUAUUUGAAGCCAAGCCUCCAUCACCACCUAGCAACUGCACUACAGAGGUCGCAGGACAGCCUGAAGUUUCAGCUUUUGUCCAGAAAAACAGUGUGCUGCUCAGGCAAUGUGGGGAUCAGCAGAGGAGGAUGGCUAUGAGUGCUGCCAACCCUCAGCCUUUCAUAAAGAGAAGUUUCUCUGACCGCAGACCAGGAGUUUACCUUCGACUUCCAGCUCCUGUCUCAGCUGGCAGUGAACCUCUACUUAACCAAGCAAGCUGCAGCAUGGAGGACAGCCCUAGAAAGGAGAGUGAUUCCUGGAACAGCACAUGCUUCUCUGAGUUCAAGGGAUCCAGCAGGUCUGCUUCUCAUCCUGAACUCUACAUUGUGGGCCAGGGGCUCCAAAGCGAGUGACAAUACAAUCUGCUUGGAAGAUGGACGGAGGUCUGUUCUCCUUUUGAUCCAUGAAUUAAGAUAGAAUUUACCCCACUUCCACUGAAGAUUCUGGAAGACCCCUGUUGACUUAAAUGGCAGUU